AAAAUGAUAAAAAUAGAGCCGAAGAAAUGAAACGGAGAAUGAGAGAAGAAGGAUAUUUAAUGACUAAUUUUUGGGGUGGUGAUAUUUAUAAAUGGCCAAUUUUAAAGAUGCAUGGUAUUUACGACCAACGACCAACCGAAAUAAAUAUUUCUCCUCACACCUUAACCACGGAGCAUAGCACCGAUACUAUGUAUGGGGUAAUUAGGGGUGGUGAUUUUACUUAUUAUGGUUCGGGAGCAGGAUUUUUACCCACCACAGCCCACGAGUCGGCUCAUGCUUCCAAAGAA